CCCUUUAGGGCUCCGGUCUGCAGCGUUCCCCUUCGCUUCUCACGUAGCCGGGCAGAGGGAGAUGUGAGCGGGGCUACAGAAGCUGUGCUGUCUGUCUCUCUGUGGCAUUUCUGCCACACUCACUCUGCGCUCCCAGCCGCCUCCACAGCAACAGAUCCGUAAUGGAUGCCCUGACCCAGGCUCUCUCCUCCAGCUUCUCGGUAUCUGGAGAGGCCAACAGCACAUCUGCCCCCCACCCCCGCCUGGCUCAGUACAAGAGCAAGUACAGUGUUUUGGAGCAGAGUGAACGGCGCAGGAGAUUCCUUGAGCAACAAAAAGAGAAAAGGCUAAAUUACGUGAAUCAUGCCCGCCGUUUGGCGGAAGGAGACUGGACAGGGGGGGACAGUGACGAUGACGAGGAGAAGACUCAGAAGAGCCAGCGGGAUGAGGCAGAGGACGAAGGAAUGGAAGUUGAGCAACGGAAAAAGUUGCCAAGACAUUACGCCAACCAGCUGAUGUUGUCAGAGUGGUUGGUGGAUGUGCCUGCGGAUCUUAGCUCUGACUGGCUGCUGGUGGUCUGUCCUGUAGGGAAGCGCUCGCUCAUUGUUGCAUCCAAGGGUUCAACUGCGUCGUACACUAAAAGCGGGUACUGUGUGAAUCGUUUCCCCUCUUUGCUGCCAGGCGGGAACAGACACAACUCAGCCAUGGGGAAAGAUUACACUAUCCUAGACUGUAUUUAUAGUGAAGUGAAUAGAACCUACUACAUACUGGAUGUGAUGUGCUGGAGGGGGCAUCCUGUAUAUGACUGUCCUACAGAGUUCAGGUUCUACUGGUUGCAGUCUAAAGUUGAAGAGGUGGAGGGACUAUCCGAGAUUGGCAAACGGAACCCUUUCUGUUUCGUGAGUCUUACCAGCGUCAGCUGUUCAACAGAGUCCAUCCAAAAGGCCCUGGCACAUGAGUAUAGCUUCAAUGUGGAUGGUCUACUUUUCUACCACCGUGAGACUCAUUACACACCUGGGAGCACCCCUCUCGUGGGCUGGCUCAGGCCCUACAUGGUGGCAGACAUCCUAGGCAUUGAGGUACCGCAGUGCCCCCUCACCACCAAGCCUGAUUAUGCCAGCCACCAAAUGCAGCAGAUACUGGAGAACAAGAAGACAUCUACUGAGGUUCGGCCUGCAGAGAAUGGUAGAUAUGAGCUAGAGCAUCUCUCCACACCAGAAAACCAGGCAACAACUAGCAACAAGGGAGAGGGCAUGGAAAGCUAAGGAGGAGAGACCUGACAAGAACACCACUGUUGGACCAUAGAUUCUCUAAGCACAGUGUUUUGGUAUAAGCCUGAGAUGUUGGAUUUCAAGAGACUAGAGUUUGAGGAUUUGUGGCUUUCAGUGUGCUGGGGAUUUUGGAACUUCUGUUGAGUUAAAGCUAGAUUUGCUCCAUUUGACUUGGAAGCCUAAGCUUUAUUCUCUUCCUGUCUGUGGACUUCAGAAGUAAUAAUGGAAUGAAUUUGGUGUUCAUCAUUGACCAGUUACAGGGAAACCAUGUGUAGUCUUGGAACUUCAUACGGUUAUCUUCAGAUCUUUACCUGGUAUAACUAAGCAUGAUUUGAAGAAAUUAUGAUUCGCACCAUGCCAUCAGAUUUAUUUUUAAUACAUUAUAAUUCCAUCCAUCCAUUUUCCAAGCCACUUCUCCGUCAGGGUCGCGGGGGGUGCUGGAGCCUAUCCCAGCAGUCAUCGGGCGGAAGGCAGAAUACACCCUGGACAGAUCGCCAGUCCAUCACAGGGCAACAUUAUAAUUCCAAUGCAAAAUUAGAGAAGCAAUGAAAAAAUAUGAAACCUCUAUUGGUUUAUAUUCUGUAUUUGGAGUAUGCGGAAAUCUGCUUGCACAUAAAAGUUACUGGUCAGGUGAUAUUCUGCAUGAAUGCCUUUUCACUUUUUAUUUUAGAUUCCUAUUUUUAAAUUUAAGCUUCAUCCACCAGACUGAUGCAUUUCAUGAGAGAAGGGAAUUUAUUAGUUUGGUAUUUUAAGUGUGUUUUGUAGGCCCUAUUAAUAAAUGAGUUUUACUCUUCAUAAAA